AUGAACUGCAGCUAAGGCGGGCAACUUCUUAAAGUUAGGGUUUUAGAGAUCCCUCUCUCUCUCUCUCCGGUCUACAGUUACAUUGCUAUUGAAUAUGUGGUGUGGGGUUUGGUUGUGAUGAACUUUGGUAAAAUUUUUCUGAUUUUAAGGAAGUCUCAGCUCUGAUUUGAACUUUUCCACCAACUUUUUGGAGCUCAAAACACAAUGGCUUCGACUGGGCAAUCACUGACUUCGUUAAAGAAACGUGAGGCUGCAACAGCAAAUAAUAGAGACGGGGAUCAGCUGAUAAUCACACCUUUAGGUGCUGGAAAUGAAGUGGGUCGGUCCUGCGUUUACAUGUCUUACAAAGGAAAAACAGUCUUGUUUGAUUGUGGGAUUCAUCCGGCUUAUUCAGGGAUGGCCGCAUUGCCCUACUUUGAUGAAAUUGAUCCUUCCACUAUUGAUGUUCUUCUCAUUACUCACUUUCAUUUGGAUCAUGCUGCUUCCCUUCCAUACUUUUUGGAGAAGACUACAUUCAAAGGGAGAGUUUUUAUGACUCAUGCGACAAAAGCCAUCUACAAGUUACUUUUGUCGGAUUAUGUCAAAGUGAGCAAGGUCUCGGUUGAAGAUAUGUUGUUUACCGAGCAGGACAUUAACAACUCCAUGGAAAGAAUUGAGGUUAUUGACUUCCAUCAGACUCUGGAAGUCAAUGGCAUCCGCUUCUGGUGUUACACUGCAGGCCAUGUCCUUGGUGCUGCUAUGUUUAUGGUCGAUAUUGCUGGCGUUCGUGUUCUUUACACUGGAGAUUAUUCACGAGAAGAAGAUCGACAUCUUCGUGCUGCGGAGCUUCCCCAGUUCUCGCCAGAUAUAUGCAUUAUUGAGUCAACAUAUGGAGUUCAACUUCAUCAGCCACGACAUAUUCGAGAGAAACGGUUUACUGAUGCCAUUCACUCCACUGUUUCUCAAGGUGGUCGAGUCCUGAUCCCAGCUUUUGCUCUUGGUCGUGCCCAGGAGCUUUUACUAAUUUUGGAGGAGUAUUGGUCAAACCAUCGUGAGCUGGAGAAUGUCCCAAUAUAUUAUGCCUCUCCAUUGGCAAAAAGGUGUAUGGCAGUCUACCAGACGUACAUAAAUUCCAUGAAUGAGAGGAUUAGAAGUCAGUAUGCAAAUUCGAAUCCUUUUGAAUUUAAACACAUUUCACCAUUGAAAAGCAUUGAAAAUUUUAAUGAUGUCGGUCCAUCAGUAGUGAUGGCAAGCCCAGGUAGCCUUCAAAGUGGGUUAUCACGACAGCUUUUUGAUAGAUGGUGCUCUGACAAGAAAAACGCUUGUGUUAUACCUGGUUAUGUUAUUGAAGGAACACCGGCGAAGACCAUCAUCAAUGAACCCAAAGAAGUCACCCUCACAAAUGGCUUGACUGCCCCACUAAAUAUGCAAGUCCAUUACAUUUCCUUCUCAGCUCAUGCUGACUAUGCUCAGACGAGUACGUUUUUGAAAGAGUUAAUGCCUCCUAACAUAAUUUUGGUUCAUGGUGAAGCUAAUGAGAUGGGAAGGCUGAAACAGAAGCUUGUGUCUCUCUUUGCUGACAGAAAUACCAAAAUCAUAACCCCUAAGAACUGCCAGUCUGUUGAAAUGUACUUCACCUCUGAGAAAAUGGCAAAAACUAUUGGAAAGUUGGCUGAAAAGGUCCCCGAAGUUGGUGAAACAGUGAGCGGUUUGCUUGUUAAGAAAGGCUUCACAUACCAGAUUAUGGCACCUGAUGAUCUGCGUGUUUUCUCCCAGCUUUCCACAGCUAAUGUCACACAAAGGAUCACAGUCCCGUAUUCUGGAGCAUUUGCUGUUAUAAAGCAUAGGCUUAAGCAGAUAUAUGAGAGUGUGGAAUCCUCGACAGAUGAGGAAUCAGGAGUUCCAACUCUGCGAGUUCAUGGUCAGGUGACGGUGAAGCAGGAGUCAGAGAAUCAUAUCUCACUGCACUGGACAGCUGAUCCGAUUAGCGAUAUGGUGUCAGACUCAAUUGUAGCUCUGGUUUUGAAUGCCAACAGGGAAAUGUCUAAGGUGGUAGUGGAAUCAGAACCUGUGGGAAGUGAGGAAGAAGAUGCAAGGAAAGCUGAAAAGAUAGUACAUGCACUCCUUGUUUCUCUUUUUGGAGAUGUGAAAUUUGGGGAGAAUGGGAAACUGGUGAUAAGUGUUGACGGCAACAUCGCACACCUUGAUAAACAAAGUGGAGAUGUGGAAAGUGAAAAUGAAGGCCUCAAGGAACGUGUGAGGAUGGCAUUCCAGCGAAUAAGAAGUGCUGUAAAGCCAAUCCCUCUUUCAGCUUAAGCCAUUUUUCUCUUCUUCGUUCUUUUAGUUCAUCAGCUGGGUCCGGUCCAGACUGUGUGUUCUGCAUUUUGGCUGGCCUAAAGAGUAGAAAUGAACUGCUAAUUUCGUUUUUGUGAUUCUAUAGCAUGAGAAUACUUGUAUGCCCUGUAGGUUCAAACAAACGCUAUUUUAAAUUCCAAUCUUUUGGGCUAAUUACCUGGAUAGCAGCAUGGUUCCAUUAUUUUGAA